AUGCAGGUCCGGCCCGGCAAGGAGGGGACGUGCCGCUCUGGGGUCUUUGGGGGGACGCUGUGGGGUCACUGCUCCCGUCAGGCCCGGGCAUGGGCAAGAGGGAAGGGAAACUACUGGACCUUAGAUCCCAACUGUGAGAAGAUGUUUGACAAUGGGAACUUCCGUCGCAAACGCAAGCGGCGCUCUGAGCCCAACGCCCCCGCGACUGCAUCUGCAGCCUCCUCUCUGGGGGGCCUGAAGGCCGAGGAAGAGCGACCCAUCCCAGCCACAGGCAAACCGUGUGGAAACAGCCCACCCCCAGAGCUGGACCCCUCGCCUUCUGCCAGGGACCAUCCAAAAAGCUCCUCUCCCUCCGGUAUCAUUUCAUCCACCCCUAGCUGCCUCAGCACCUUCUUCAGCGGCAUGAGCUCCCUGAGCAGCGGAGGCAGCCGGCUGACAGGGGGUCUCGGCAGUGACCUGCAUCACAGGAACUUCUCUGCUGGACAGCUGAGCAGUGGCACUUUCACCCCUUCCAGCAGCUCUUCUCAGGAGGUGCCUUCGCCAGACCAGCUGCAGCGGGUGGCGGGACCUUCCCCCGCCUACUACAGCUCCUUCCAUCCCAGCAGCAGCAGCCAGGGAGCCCAGUACAACCACUACUACAACUUCACGGUUAACAGCCUCAUCUACACCCGGGAUGGGACGGAGGUGUAG